AUGAAAGACGACUACGAAAAGAAUAUCUUAGAAAGCGAUAAUGUGUCUCGAAAUACCGGGGAAAACUUAACCUUAUCUGUGUCCCACCGGCCUUUGGAACAAACUGCCGAUAACCAGAAACUAAGAAGAGCUUUGGACGCCAGACACUUAUCGAUGAUUGCUAUUGGCGGAGCACUUGGAACUGGUUUGUUGAUUGGAACAGGCUCUGCUUUGAGAACAGCAGGUCCAGGUGCUAUUUUCAUCAGCUACUCAGUGAUUGGGUUUGUGGUGUUCAUGGUUUUAAGUGCAUUGGGCGAAAUCGCUACUUUCAUUCCCUUGGCUGAUGGUUUUGCUGGUUAUUGCAGAAGGUAUGUUGAUGAUGCCCUUGGAUUCGCCUGUGGAUGGACGUAUUUGCUUCUUUUCUUGUUGGUGCCCGCCAACCAGUUGGUUGCUGGUGCUUUGACCAUGCAAUUCUGGCUAGACGAGGAGAGAGUCAACCCUGGCGUAUGGAUAGCGGUGCUUCUUGUGGUGAUUACGUUUAUUAAUGUUUUGGGCGUUCGUUUUUUUGGAGAAAUCGAAUUCUGGUUUUCUGUCGUCAAAGUGGCUACUUGUCUUGGUCUUAUCAUCUUAUUGCUUGUCAUUGCCUUGGGUGGCUCUCCUACUGGAGAUAGACUUGGUUUCAGGUACUGGCAGGACCCAGGAGCGUUCAAGGAGUACGCUGAGCCUUCACGAGGGCUACACGUUGAAGGAGACGUUGGCAGGUUUGUUUCCUUUGUCUCUGUUCUUGUUACCAGUGUGUUUGCGUAUAUUGGCUGUGAGUUGGUGGGAAUCACCUUCUCUGAAUGUGCCAGACCACGUAAAGCCAUUCCCAAAGCCAUCCGGUUGACUUUCUACCGUAUUGUCAUUUUUUAUAUCCUCAACGUGUUGGUUUUGGGCAUGUGUGUGCCCUCCAACGACCAAAGACUCUUGGGGUCAGAAACAGACCUUGCAUCUGCAUCGCCAUUUGUGAUUGCCAUCAACAACGCCAGAAUCGACGGCUUGGAUCAUGUCAUAAACGCAUGUAUCUUGAUUUUCAUCACCUCUGCUGCCACAGCAGACAUGUACAUUGCUUCCAGAACCAUAUAUGGGCUUGCCGUGGCAGGUUUUGCUCCACACUUCUUUUCCAAGACCAACGGCAACGGUGUGCCCAUGUACGGCAUUGUUCUUUCGUUUUUGUUCUGUUUGUUGGGAUUUAUGACCACUUCUUCUGAAGCUGCCGAGGUGUUUGACCAUCUUGUGAAUGUGGUUUCUCUAGCUGGUUUGAUUGCCUGGGCAUGUAUUCUUUUCGUCCAUAUCCGCUUCAUGAGAGCAAUGAAAGUGCAAGGAUACAGCAGGAAAGACCUCAGUUACCGUUCGCCAUUGCAGCCUUUUGGGUCCUACUUUGCAUUGGGUCUUUGUGUGUUUGUCAUGCUAGCUAAGAACUUUACGGUGUUCUUGGGUGAUCAUUUCGAUACUUUUUUCGUGGGCUGGAAGUUCUGGAAGAAGACCAGGCUUAUCCCAGCAUCAGAGGUUGAUUUGGAUACAUUUAGAGAGGUGGUGGACUAUGAGGAGGAGCAGUAUAAGGCUAAGGAUGCAGAGGAAAGGGCAUUCAGAGAGUCUCAGGGUAAUCCCAAGAACUUUAAGUGGUUCUACGAGAAGAUCUUUGGCUGGAUAUUCUAG